GCCCUCCAGGGCCGCGGGAGCUCGGCUCGCCCUUCCGCCGCUCGGGAGGCCCGGAGCGUGCCCGGGGCCGCAGGGUUUUCCCAAUAGGAAAACAGAAAAGAUGUUGGAUAUUAAGGCUUGGGCCGAGUACAUCGUGGAGUGGGCUGCCAAGGACCCCUACGGCUUUCUCACGACUGUGAUCCUGGCUCUCACGCCACUGUUUGUAAUUAGUGCAGCACUGUCGUGGAAGCUUGCAAAAAUGAUUGAGGCCCGGGAACGAGAGCAAAAGAAGAAGCAGAAACGCCAGGAGAACAUUGCAAAAGCCAAACGAACAAAGAAGGAUUAAAUGGGCAAAAAUGGCCUUCCUUGUGCAAAGAAUCAAUUUUUAAAAUUAAAUACUUGUACAUUUUUGUUGUAACUGUCCUUUGAUACUUGAUCCUGUUACUUCUUGAAGUAUGAAAUUUAAUACUUCCAGUGUAUUUUUUUCCUGAUGAUUUGUGUUAAAAUUUGCCCAAGUGACACUUGUUAGAGUAAUUAAAUUUACUACUUGUAUUUUAGUGCAGGUUGCUUUUCUAAAUUUGCAUGUUAAGUUAAAAAAAAUUAACCUCUUGGGUGGUUCUGGAGGUAGAUCACUUUUUUUUCUCUUAGUUGAUCUAUGACGUAACAAGUGUCUGAAAAUUGUCAAGUUUAGGGGAAAAUGGGAAUAAUAAACUGGAUUACAGAAAUGCAAGUUUUGGCAAACCUUGAGCAGGGCUGUAGAGACAAGCCAGCUGUAGCACUGAUAGCAGACAUGACUGAUUUCCUUUAAGGUCACUGCAUAUGGCUGUGUGUGCCCACAGUGGCUGCUGCAGUGUCUUUGAUGGUGGUGCUUGUCUGCAGAAAUAACCAACCUUUAUCUUUUCCUGUUUCCUGAACUACGAGCCAUCAACAGCCUUUAACUUCAGGCCAAGUUCUAGGAAACUGAUUGUCUGUUCUUACUAGCUUCAUUUCUCUUAAGGCAUUCAUAUUCUGAAAAAUACAGUACUGUUGUUUGGUCUUCCUCAACAAUCACCUGAAUGCUCCACCUGUAACUAAUUUGUUUUUGCCUUCAUAAACUGUUUUUGCCUCAAAGAAUAGCCAUAAAUGGGGUGAGACCAAAGACCCAGGUGGCCUAAUGUUCUGAGUCCCAGAGACCUAUAGCAGAUGGCUGUGCAAGGAUGAUGCACAAGCUGUGACAGUAGUUCUGCCUGCUAAACUUCUGGCUACCUUUGAUCUAAGAUUUGAGUUUAGGUAGGGCUUUUGUUCUCAUGCCCCUUGAAACUUGGCUGCCUUACAGGUUGCAAGAUUCUGACAUAGUCAAAAAUUCAGGUUUGUGUUUUAAAUACAUCAAAAUUAUUUAACGUUAUUUCCAAUUAAUCUCUUCUUAACAGAAUUAACUUUUUAAUAAUAGUCUGUGAUGGCCUCUACGUUGUCUAGUUCAAAGAGCUUGUAGCAGUCAUUAAGAUUUUACGUUUCACAUAUUUCUAAACAGCAGCACGGAGCUGUGCAUUCUAGCAGCUACUCUUUGGUCAGGUUUAAAAAUAAAACCUUAAAACAAUACCAUUGUUCAAAUGAAGAGACCUAUAGAGCUGGCUGACACCAAGGGGGAUCAGAAGUGGGGAGUCUAACUGAAAUUACUUUAAGUAAGUGUGAAGUUGGUCCCCUUUCAAUUUUGUUGGUGAAAGCAAGCAAUAUUAGAAUUUGACAUUUGGCCAUUUUAUAAAUAUGUGAGAUUAAGUCUCCAUGUUUUGUAUGAAGUGUUGUCAAAUAUGUAUGUGUUUGACCUUUGAUACCUACAUAGCUUGAAACAGAGGGAGGAGAACUGAUGAGGGAUACACUCUAUAAAUAAAUUUGAUACUUUUU